AUGUCUUUCAAGGGUAAAACAGUUGCCAUCACGGGGGCGGCGUCUGGCAUCGCCCUCACACUAGCAAAACUCUUAGCAGAGAGGGGCGCCAGAUUGGCAUUGGCGGAUCUGAACGAAGCGGCUCUCAACAAGGUCGUGCAAGAAUUACAAGGCGAGGGAGUCGAGGUCGUGGGCACCGUUCUCAAUGUCGCCUCGAGUGAUGCGGUGGAUAACUGGAUCAAUUCUACAGUGGCACACUUUGGCAGGUUGGAUGCCGCGGCGAACCUGGCCGCCAUUGACGGUGGAUUCAACGACGUCAAAGACCUGAAGGACGACACUUGGGACAAGGUCAUUGCCGUCACGUUGUCGGGCACCAUGUACUGCGUGCGGGCGCAGAUCCGGGUCAUGAAGAGCGGCGGCAGCAUCGUCAACGCUUCUUCCUUGUCAGGCACGUUUGGUCGGCCGGGGCUGGGGGCAUACGUCUGUGCAAAGCACGCCAUUGUCGGAUUGACCAAGACGGUGGCGAAGGAGGUUGGACCGCAAGGGGUCAGGAUCAAUGCUGUCGCGCCCGGUCCGAUCGAUACACCCAUGCUGGAGAAAUUACUGUCAGGUCCCCGCUCGUCAGGUUCGAGCCAGACCACGAGCACAUACACCAACUUGCCUCUGGGGAGAAAAGGCAGGCCGGACGAAGUGGCCAAGUUGUUUGCAUUCUUGCUCAGCGACGAGGCGUCUUUCAUCACAGGCGCCGUAGUUCCCAUAGAUGGUGGUGCUGCCGCAUAG